GAGAGAGAGAGGGGGACACGUACGGCCACCCGCCCACCCGCCACCACCACUCCUUCAAAUCCUCAAUGGCAGCGGCGGCGUGCCGCUUCCUCUGCUCCCCCGUCGCCGCCGCCACCUCCCCGCUCUCCCCCGCCACCGCAUCCGCCACGACCACGAGGAGGCAUCUGCUGCUCCUCUCGUCAACCUUCACGGCCGCCGCCGCCGCCAUGGAGGGUUCGGCGGCCGCCGGUGGCGGUGCCUUCGCUUCCGGCAAGGGAACCGCCGCCGCCGUCGUCGACUCCCACCUCCACGUCUGGGCCUCCCCCCAGCAGGCGGCGGACAAGCACCCCUACUUCCCCGGGCAGGAGCCGGCGCUCCGUGGCGAUAUCGACUUCUUGCUCGAGUGCAUGGACGAAGCCGGAGUGGAUGGAGCUCUCAUUGUUCAACCUAUUAAUCAUAUGUUUGAUCACUCAUUAGUUACUAGCGUGUUGAAGAAAUACCCAUCCAAAUUCAUCGGCUGCUGUCUCGCUAAUCCUGCAGAUGAUGGAAGCGGAAUUAAACAGCUUGAACAUCUAAUUGUACAAGAAAAAUAUCGUGCUAUACGGUUCAACCCAAGCUUGUGGCCAUCAGGUCAAAAGAUGACAAAUGAGGUUGGAAGGUCAUUAUUUGCUAAGGCUGGAGAACUUGGAGCCCCAGUUGGAAUCAUGGUGAUGAAGGGAAUCAGUUCAUAUAUUCAGGAGAUAGAGGAGCUCUGCACAGAUUAUCCAAAAACUAUUGUUAUUUUCGACCAUAUGGCUUUCUGCAAGCCACCAACGAACACCGAAGAAGAGAAGGCAUUCGCUUCAUUUCUAAACCUAGCCAGAUUCCCUCAGAUUUACGUGAAAUAUAGUGCUCUCUUUCGUAUCUCAAGAGAGGCAUAUCCAUAUGAGGACACAGCUCAGCUUCUUUCCCGUGUGAUCUCCAGCUAUGGAGCCAAUCGAAUAAUGUGGGGAAGCGACUUCCCCUUUGUUGUUCCUGAAUGUGGCUACAAAGGGGCAAAGGAGGCAAUCUCACAUGUUGCUAGCAAGAUACCUGUUUCCUCAUCAGAUUUGGAAUGGAUCUUGGGCAAAACAGCGACCCAACUGUUCCAAGGUGCAUGGGUUACUGCAUGAUAGAGGUGUUCAUUCAUUGGCCAGGGUAAGGUGUAGCUUUUAUUGGUCAGUAAAUAUUUUUGCAAUGGGCCAGGGUGAAAAUGAUUGUUGUAUGAGAGGAGAACCGAGUUGCAAAUCAUGCCGAUGGAUGGCAUCAUCCUUGGAAUGAAUCUUGGGGCAAAAUUAGCAGUGAAUCAACUGUUCCAAGGUGCAUGCAUGGGUUACUGUUGCAAAGCUCAUGAGGAAAAGCAUUCCUCGGUUCAUUUGGAUAAUUGAUACUCGUUUGUUUCAGUAAGGUAUUAAAUGUUUAUAUAGAAUAGCUCGUCGCAUUGCAAAUCUUUGUGCGCUCAAAUGUUCAGAACUCUACAGUUCCACUGCAAAAACAAAAUGCAUACAUCGAAAAUUAUCUCAGGAAAAAGACGAGGUCAAUUCUAGUCCAUAUUCUCUGUUUCU